AUGGCAUCGCCGGGAGACCUGGAGCCCGCUCCGUCCAGAGUGCCCGCCACCAAGGUGGAGCUCACCGUGUCCUGCAGAAAUCUGCUGGACAUGGACACUUUCUCCAAGUCUGAUCCGGUUGUGAUUCUCUACGUCCAAGGAAAUGUGGACAAGGAAUGGCGAGAGUUUGGCCGCACAGAAGUGAUCGACAACACGCUGAACCCGGAUUUUGUCCGCAAGUUUGUGCUCGACUAUUACUUUGAGGAAAAGCAGAACCUGCGCUUUGAUGUUUACAAUGUGGACUCCAAGACCUGCAACAUCUCCAAGCAUAAAGACUUCCUGGGACAAGCCUAUGUGGCCCUGGGCGAGGUCAUCGGUUCCCUAAGAGGUCGCCUGGAGCGGACACUCGCGGGGGUCCCAGGGAAAAAGUGUGGCACCAUUGUGCUGUCUGCCGAAGAGCUCAGCAAUUGCCGGGACACUGUCACCAUGCAACUGUGUGCCAACAAGCUUGACAAGAAGGAUUUCUUCGGCAAAUCCGACCCCUUCCUCGUUUUCUACCGCAGCAACGAGGAUGGCACGUUCACCAUCUGCCACAAGACAGAGGUGGUGAAGAACAAUCUGAAUCCAGUAUGGCAGCCAUUCUCCAUCCCUGUGCGUGCUCUGUGCAACGGGGACUAUGACAGGACAGUGAAAAUUGACGUGUACGACUGGGACCGCGACGGCAGCCAUGAUUUCAUUGGAGAGUUCGCUACAAGCUACAGGGAGCUCUCCCGGGCCCAGAGCCAGUUCACGGUGUAUGAGGUUUUGAAUCCUAGGAAGAAAUGCAAGAAAAAGAAAUAUGUUAACUCGGGCACUGUGACCCUUCUGUCGUUUACGGUGCAGUCCGAAUUCACCUUUGUCGAUUAUAUUCGAGGCGGGACACAGUUGAAUUUCACAGUCGCCAUUGAUUUCACGGCCUCCAACGGGAAUCCCUCACAGCCCACCUCCCUCCAUUACAUGAGCCCAUACCAGCUCAGCUCCUACGCCAUGGCAUUGAAGGCAGUUGGCGAGAUCAUCCAGGAUUAUGACAGUGACAAACUCUUCCCCGCCUACGGCUUUGGAGCCAAAGUCCCUCCAGAUGGCAAAGUGUCCCACCAGUUCCCUUUGAACCACAAUCCGGAUAACCCCAGCUGCGUGGGCAUCGAGGGAGUGCUGGAAUCCUAUUUCCAAAGCUUGCGUACCGUGCAGCUAUACGGACCCACCAACUUUGCACCUGUCAUCAAUCAGGUUGCCCAGUCAGCUGGUGAGGUUAGCGAUGGAUCACAGUAUUACGUCCUCCUCAUCAUCACAGACGGAGUCAUCUCUGACAUGCUCCAAACGAAGGAGGCCAUUGUGGCUGCUUCUUCUUUGCCCAUGUCCAUCAUCAUUGUGGGAGUUGGCCCUGCUGAUUUUUUGGCCAUGGAAGAGCUAGAUGGAGAUGAGGUGCGAGUCUCCUCCAGGGGGCGCUACGCAGAGAGAGACAUUGUGCAGUUUGUGCCCUUCCGAGACUACAUUGAUCACUCAGGGAACCAGGUGUUAAGCAUGGCGCGCCUGGCUAAGGAUGUGUUAGCCGAAGUCCCCGAGCAGCUCCUCUCCUAUAUGAAAAUGUACGACAUCAAGCCCCUUUCCUCCAGUUCACAGUAG